ACACCUCGAUGACGUCACACAGGAGGAAGCACAAAACAAGAUGGCGUCUGGCGGAGAAUACGUUGUUUUGGUUAUUAUGGUUUCUAGGUCUUAAUUACAACGUACAUGUGCACAGGUGUGUCGUUUAACGCGGUAAACGUCCUUAUUAAUAGUUUGUAUGCGGAUACAUUAGUCUGAGUGCACUUUGACGUGCUAGCCUAGCCUGCUGGUUAGCUUAGCUUGUUAGCUGCUAACAAAGAGAGGCGGAAGUGAUCGACACAUCAAAGCAGAGAUCCAAUACGUCUGUGAAGAACAUCUUCACCCUCAGCAACAGAAGUGGAGCUUCAGGAUGCAGACGGAGGAGCCACAGCCCUCCCACAUUAAGAAGGAAGAGGAAUACCUUCAGAUCUCCCAUUUUAAAAAGGAAGAGGAAAACCCACUAAUCCCCCAGUUUAAAGAGGAAGCGGUGGAUCCACAGAGCCCACACAUUAAGGAAGAAGAGGAGGACCCACUGACCCCUCACAAUAAAGAGGAAGAGGAAGAACACAGCAUCAAUCAGCAGGGAGAGCAUCUUGAAGGACUGGAGGAGGUUGAUGUCACCAAGAUGCCAGUGACUGGUGUCCCUGUGAAGAGUGAAGGUGAUGAGGUGAAAGGUGAAAGUGAGGAGAGGGGAGGGGGGGAGCCUCCAAGCAGCAGCUCAACACAACACAUGACAACAGAAGCUGAUGGAGACCACUGUGGAGGAUCACAAGCAGACAAGCUCUUAGCUCCACUAUCAGAUAGUGAGGACACAACGUCACACUCUCCUGACACUGAUGAUGAAGACUCUAAAGAUGAUAAGACAUGUCACACUGACAACACUCACUUCACAUCUUUUCACUGUCACAAAACCUUUAAAUACCAUUGUCGUCUGAAAAGACACAUGAGAACACACACUGGAGAAAAACCUUUUAUCUGUUCAAUAUGUGGUAAUGGUUUUACACAAAGUUGGAGUUUGAAAUUGCACAUGAGAAUACACAGUGGUAAAAAACAUUUUGUCUGUUCAACCUGUGGUAAAGGUUUUACACAAAGUACAGAUGUGAAAAUACACAUGAGAACACACACUGGUGAAAAACCUUUUUCCUGUACAACCUGUGGUAAAGGUUUUACAGAAAGUCAAAAUUUGAAAAGACACAUGAGAACACACACUGGUGAAAAACCUUUUUCUUGCUCAGAAUGUGGUAAAGAUUUUGUUCAAAGUAAACAUUUGAAAGUACACAUGAGAACACACUGGUGAAAAACCUUUUUCUUGCUCAGAAUGUGGUAAAGGUUUUGUACAAAGUCCCCUUUUAAAAGUACACAUGAGAACACACACUGGUGAAAAACCUUUUGUCUGUUCAAUCUGUGGUAAAGGUUUUACAGAAAGUCGAUGGUUGAAAGUGCACAUGAGAACACACACUGGUGAAAAACCGUUUUCCCGGUCAAUCUGUGGUAAAGGUUUUACAGAAAACUGGUGUUUGAAAGUACACACUAGAACACACACUGGAGAGAAGUCCCAUUCCUGUUCAAUCUGUAACAGAAGCUUUUGUGAAGGAUCAAACCUUGUAGCACACAUGAGAAGACACCCAGGAGAGAAAGUGUUGAGUUGCAGUGUGUGUGGUGAAAGAUUGUCUUCUAAGUACCAGUGUAAGAAACACAAGUGUGCUGGUGAGAACAGCAGCAGCAAAUGAAACUGCAGGAUUUGAAAUAAACUGUCCAGACUUUCAUUUUGACUUUCUAACAACAUCAGCACAUAUAACAUGUGUGACAUUGUUGUUUGUGUAACAAUCUUUUUAAUAUGCUUCCACAUUUAUAGAUUAGAUAUUUUAUAUUAAUGAUUUUAUCAGUCAAGCACAUGCAUUAAUAUGCAACAUUGUGUACUUUUAUUAAAAAAUGGACAGAACAAUUUGAGUAGAUUAGAUAGUAAACAGUACAAUACAUAUUUUACAUGCAAUAAACAUUUUGUGUGUAUGUAUACACACACACACACACACACACACACACACACACACAUAUAUAUAUAUAUAUAUAUAUAUAUAUAUAUAUAUAUAUAUAUAUAUAUAUUUAUAUAUAUAUAUAAUUAUAUAUAUCCUGUAUAUUCAUCAUAAAAUUUUAUAUGAAAUAUUGUAUUUGUAAUUGUUAAUAAUCCCAUAGAUUAUCACCUUUAUAUGAUAUACAUAUGUACUGGUUCACAUCUGAAACAUCUUCUGGACCACUUCAGGAAGCAUAUUAUUAUUUACUUUAUACAUCAUUUGAACAGUUGUCUUUCAUACAAUUUUAAAAUGUGUCUUUUUAAACCAUUUGUUGGGUCUCUAUAAUCAUUUUUAUUCAUUAUCGUCAUUACUCUGUAUUAUGAUGAUUGUGUUGUGAUUGUUUUAUAUGUAUGUCCCCAGACCUUUAUGCAGUAUAAAAGUGAGAGAAAAUGGCAGAAUUUUUUUUUUGUGAAAUGAUGGUUUUGUUUUUACAAACUUACAUUUGUGGAUGUAUUAUAUAUAUUGUGUUUUAAACAUUUGUUUUACUGUUUUUUAUGUUCUUUUUUAACAUCCCCAAAACAACAUCAAUAUCAGUCAAAGUUUGGAGUGUCAGACAAAAGCCAAUAUUGUACAUCAUCCCACAGAGAUUUACUUUGCAUACAUUCUUAAAAUAAACUUUAUUGUGUUUCCCAAUCA